AUGGAAGAGGCCAUCAAGGCGGUGUCGUCCCAGCGCGGUUACGACAUCCGGGAGUUCACCCUGGUGGCCUUCGGCGGCGCCGGUCCCAUGCACGCCGGCCGGCUGGCGCUGGACCUCGGCAUCCCCACCCUGCUGGUGCCGUUGACGCCGGGGGUCAACUCCGCCCUGGGCCUGCUGAUGUCGGACGUGAAGCACGACCACAUGCGCUCCAAGCUCGCUCCGAUGCAGGAGCUCCAGCCCGGCGACAUCAACGCCUGUUCGAUCAGCUCACGCAGCAGGCACGGGAGGAGCUCUACGAAGAGGGCUUCCCGGACGAGGACAUCGGCUGACGCCGUUCUGGACCUGCGCUACGCCGGGCAGGGCUACGAGCUCACCGUGCCGUGUCCGAUGCCGCCGCUUAAGCCCGACGACAUGGAACUGGUGCAGCAACGCUUCCACGAGGUCCACGAGCAGGCCCACGGCCACAAGGCCGAGUCCGAGCCCGUGGAGCUGGUGAGCGUGCGGCUGGUGUCCGAGGGGCGGGUGCCGCAGACCCGGCUGUCGCCGUUCGCGCCCACGGGGAAGAGCGUGGCCGACGCCCGCACCGGAGAGCGCCGGAUCUUCUUCGGCCGCGAACUCGGCAUCCAGGACACGCCCAUCUACGACCGGGACCGCCUGGAGCCGGGACACGAGCUCGCCGGCCCCGCGGUGGUGGAGCAGAUGGACACCACCACCGUCAUUCAUCCGGAACAGCAGGCGCGGGUGGACGACUACAAGAACCUGAUCAUCACGGCAAAGGGGUAG